GUGCAAAUAUUCAAGGAAGAAGCAGGCAGGACACUAUGGCCCAGCAACUGAAGAAGAGGGCAAAAACUUGUGGCCAGAAAGGCCUGGGUAGAAGAGCCUUCGGGAGGGAUAAGCCAAGGCCAUCUAAGCCACGACCAGUCCAGAAGGAACUUCCCAACACAACAUGGGCCUUGGAAGAUGAAGGUGUGUUCUUUGAGACGAGCCAUCUGGUUGUUAGAGAAGACUCCUUCUCUGACUGUUACAUAGAAUGCAUAAUUAGAGGUGAGUUUUCUGAACCCAUUCUGGAAGAAGACUCAUCCCUUGACUACCUGGAAGAAGGAUCAGAGCAAGAGCUUUCUCAACAGGUUCUUACAGCAAGCUCACUUCUGGAAAAAUCCUUGAAAUCCACACAGAAAGGGGCAAAACAAGAACUUCCUCAACAGAUUGUUGGAGAGAAUUCACAGCUUGAGUGUUCUGAGUAUGUAAUAGGCAAGAAGCUUCCUUCUGGAGGAAUACCCAGCAUUGACUUACCAGAUCCUAAACAGUCUGCAGAAUUUGCUAGAAAGAAGCCAACAAAAGAUAAGGAAUAUGAGGCUCCAGAAAGAAUUGUUUGUCCUCACAGUGGAUGCCCAAAAAAGUUGAAGAAUAGAGCUUCCCUGAGAAAGCAUCUCCUUGUCCACGGUCCUCGAGAUCACGUAUGUGCAGAAUGUGGGAAAGCAUUCAAUGAGAAUGCGAAACUAAAAAGACAUUUUCUGGUUCAUACUGGAGAGAAGCCAUUUCAGUGCACUUUUGAAGGGUGCGGAAAACGCUUUUCUCUGGACUACAAUUUGCGCACACACGUCCGCAUCCAUACUGGGGAGAAACGUUUUGUGUGCCCCUUUGAAAGCUGUCAGAAGAAGUUUAUUCAGUCAAAUAACCUGAAAGUUCACAUCUUAACUCAUGCAAAGACCAACAAAAUGAAAGAGAAGAUGGAAAGUAAUCCUUUAACAGGAUAAGCGUAUUAACAAAAGAGU